UCAUAUCUUUGUGCUUUGUUACUCAUUUUCUUAGUUCAAAGAGAGAUGGCAUCUCCAAACACAAACCAACAGAAAGAAGGGGUAGUUGGUCGAGUAUUGGCCUUGUCAAAGGUUGUUAAGGAGAAGGUGUUGGGCAUUUCUAGGUUAACAAAAGAGAUAGCCCAAGAUGAUCCUAGAAAAGUGAUUCAUUCACUAAAAGUUGGUCUUUCAAUCUCAAUGGUUUCUCUAUUAUAUUACUACCAACCACUGUACGAGAAUUUUGGUCUUUCAGCAAUGUGGGCUGUGAUGACUGUUGUGGUUGUUUUUGAGUACACAGUCGGAGCCACUCUAGGAAAAGGUUUGAAUAGGGCUAUUGCAACGUUUGGAGCUGGUGCUCUUGGUGUUGGGGCUCAUUACUUAGCUAGCCUAGCUGGAACAACAGGGGAACCCAUAUUGAUUGGCACAUUUGUCUUUGUGCAAGCUGCCAUAGCAUCAUUUAUAAGGUUUUUUCCGAAAGUGAAGGCAAGAUAUGAUUACGGGAUGCUUAUAUUCAUCUUGACAUUUUCUUUGAUAUCUGUAUCUGGUUUUCGAGACGAUGAGGUAUUGGAAAUGGCACACAAGAGGCUAUUAACCAUUGUUAUAGGAGGUUCAGCUUGUGUGAUGAUUUCUAUUUUUGUUUGUCCUGUGUGGGCUAGUGAAGAGUUCCACUAUUCCAUUGCUAACAAGUUGGAAAUACUUGGUGACUUCUUGGAAGCUUUUGUACAUGAAUAUUUUAAGAUAUCAAAAGAAGGAGAAUCUGAAGACAACAAAGGAGACUUUAAAGACAAGUCGUUUUUAGAAGGUUAUAAAAAGGUUCUCAAUUCUAAAAGUAGUGAUGACUCUCUGGCCAAUUUUGCAAGAUGGGAGCCAGGUCAUGGCAAGUUCAAAUUUCAUCAUCCUUGGGACUUGUACCUUAAAAUUGGUGCCAUUUCUCGUCAAUGUGCAUAUCGAAUGGAAGCUUUAAAUGCACAACUUAGUUCUGACACCCAAGGUUCUUUUGAAGUUCGUUGCACCAUCCAAGAACUAUGUUCAGAAAUGAGUUUGGAAUCAAGCAAGGCCUUGAAGGAACUAGGAUCAUCAAUUAGAACAAUGACUAGGCCAUCUUCUUCGGAUACACAUGUUGCAAGUGCAAAAGCUGCAAUGAAAAGCCUUAAGUCAUUGCUCAAAUCAAAUUCAUGGAAAGAAACAAACCUUUUAUCACUUAUACCAGUUGUGACAGUGGCUUCACUACUGAUAGAUAUCGUUGAAUUCACGGAGAAAAUAGCAGAUUUAGUUAAUGAUCUUGCCACCCUUACACAGUUUGGUACUGAAAAUACAAAUCAAGCCCCAAAACCACCUCAAUCUCCACAUUGUGAAUCGGGUCUCAAGACUGACAACCUCCAACUUGUUAUUUUAGUAGAAGAUUCAGUGCUAACAACUUCAGAGAGUGAAAAAUCAAACAUGGUUUAAGAAUUCAUAUACAUAAAGGAUUUUAAUAAUCAUCAUUGCUUCAACAUUGAAUCAAAGCUAUUCACAACAAAAAUUAAUGGUGUGUAUUGCACCAUAUUAAGUAUCUAGAAGACAUACCCUGAUGUUGCUUAAACUGUGAAAUCUUGAGUAUAAUAAUAGUAAAACUAUAUUGUAAAUUUCAAUUAAUUAUUGAG